CAUAUAAUGGAGCGGCUGGUAGCUAAUAAGUGAAUGACCUUAUCGUGGCGGUGUAAUGUUUCAGCGGUGAGUGACUGGCUGUGACUUCUCCCGCUGCUGCACCGGCUCCGCACGCUUUCCGCACGCUCUACGCGUGCUCUCCGCGCGCUCCAAAGGCUGCACGGCGGGCGCCCCAACACCUGUAGCUGGGUCGGAUCCACGUGGAGCUCGUUCGGUCCACCCUGAAGAUCAGCGCAAUGCCAGUUUGGUGAACUUUUAGUGGCCAGAGGGACACAGACUUAGCACUUCAUACUUCUGCUUCACUUGUUGAGAAAGGCCCGCCUGUGAGGUGUGAGAUGUGAAUCCAGCUGUGUGAGUGUGUACCGUUGGCCGGUGGUGCCCGCUGCUUGCUACGUCAAAGCGCUGAUUAGGAAGCAGCGUGCAGUGAGCGCGAGCCGUGGCCAGGCGGAUCAGACGGGCUGUGUGCGGCGGAGGAGAAGCAUCUCUUUGUCGUCCUGACUAUAGUAACCGAGCUCUGGCCGACGGCAGGAACAGAGCCGCUCCGCAGCGUCCCCCUGCCUCUCCUUCCUACCCGGGCUCCGUGUCGGAUAUCCCCGCUGUAGGCUAACAAAGCCCGCUGCCUGCCUCCCGCAGACGGCGGCUCUCCGGACCAGGCGGCUCCGGGUUGCAUGGUGGUGCUUCGGCUGCUUCAGCGCUUCAACAAAUGCAGAAAAGGGAGAAAAGUUUCGGUAUACAAAUGCUCUCCGUCCAGCCGGACACCAAGCCAAAAGGCUGUGCCGGCUGCAACCGGAAGAUCAAGGACCGCUACCUGCUGAAGGCCCUGGAUAAGUACUGGCACGAGGACUGCCUCAAGUGUGCCUGCUGUGACUGCCGGCUGGGCGAGGUUGGCUCCACGCUCUACACAAAAGCCAACCUCAUCCUGUGCCGGAGAGACUACCUACGGUUGUUUGGUGUAACGGGGAACUGUGCAGCCUGCAGCAAGCUAAUUCCAGCCUUUGAGAUGGUCAUGAGGGCCAAGGAGAACGUCUACCACCUGGACUGUUUCGCGUGCCAGCUCUGCAAUCAGAGGUUUUGUGUGGGAGACAAGUUUUUCCUGAAGAACAACAUGAUCCUGUGCCAGACGGACUACGAGGAGGGGCUGAUGAAGGAGGGCUACGCCCCCCAGGUCCGCUGACCCCCUGCUAGACAAGGAGGAGGAAAAGGAGGAAGAGGAGGAGGAGGAGGAGGGAGAGGAGGAGUAGGAGUGGGAGCAAGAGAGACUGAAAGAGAGACUGCUCCUGUCCAGCUCCUGGCCCCAUCAUGUACAUAACUCAAGUUCCCUGGGAGUGGGUGGGGUGGGGGGGCGGGGGGAGCGCACACUCUGCUGUACAGAAUAGUCAUACAGACACCGACGUGGCAAGGGAAGGCCCUGGACACCUACAAUAAACUACACAAAUGAAAACAAACACUUUGGCCAUUUGUGACGGAUGCUGCCACCAGAGAGGUCUAACCAACAGCUGAUCCUGCCGGUUGGAAUCUAAAGAAAAUGGACCCACCCAAAAGCAGUCUUGUCUCAUCUUAUCUGACAAGGACAGAUAACUUACUACUUGAAUUCUAAAAUACACUGAGGUAUUGCCAAUCCAUGUUUUAGAGAAAAGACCCCUGUACUGUAUGAUAGAGUUAAAACACAGUGAAUGUAAACUGAUGAUUUUUUGUUGCUGUGCGUGCGUGCCGGUGUGUGUGUGUAUGUGUGUGUGCGUGUGCGUGUGCGUGUGCGUGCGUGUGUGGCCCAAGGCAUCCGUUCCUUCAGAUUCCAAACCUAAUCACAGUAUCAACAUGCUUCCAAAUCACACAGCUUUAUUAUUUCACAAACUCUAAAAUGCAGACUUUGUGACAUAAUCAGAGCGUUUCUCUGGAUGGAUGGAAUAUCCCACGCAGUCACUAGGUGAAGAGAUGUGACGGCACUAGGUCACUAGAAGCAGUUGACCCUUGGAGAUGACUCCUCUGGCAGCACAAAGUAAAUGUGUGAUUGGCCCAUCAUUGAAAAGCCCUUUCCUGGUCAAAGGAGUCAGCUUUUGAAUAGAAGCUGACUCAUAUAUUCUAUAUGAGGACUCUGGUUAACUGCUCCUCAGAUCUCCUGAGACUAUUUACCAGGGGCACCCCAUCCGGUGCGUCCAAGACGAUUGUGAUUGGUUUAAAGAGAUGCCAAUAAAGCACAGUUUUUUCCUUCCAGGAAUGUUGUGUGGACUAGCCAGACCCUCCUCCUCAGCGCUGGGGAGGAAGGAAUGCAUAUGCAGCAUGAUUUACGCUUCUGUGUUAAAUCUACGCCAUGGCUACGUACGUAGUUACGGGGAGAUGUGGACCUACACCGCUGUAGCCUGCACCUCUCCAAAAAUUUAACUACACUUUGCGGCGAUGAAAAUUCACUCGGCUUUGGCUUGGUAGUGUUACUUUACAGUGUCCAGUCCCCCCCCUCCCCCAACUAAUUUCCUGGUUCUCCUUCUCCACAAACAUGAAAUCAAGGAGAGGGUUAACUUCUCCUGCUCCAGAUGUCUCACCGUGGUCUGAAAGAACAGGGGAGACACUUUGUUUUUCCCACUAGGACUCUAGUGCCACUACUCACUCUGAAGAUAAUCAUUAUCACCCUCUCACUCACACACAUGCACCAAACAGCAGUCCCAGUUAGCAGCUAGGUGGCUCUGAGGAGCAUUCAGUAACACUGACGGCUAAAACAGUGGACUUCCAUUCAUCCUCAUGUUUUUGCUCUGUCUGCUGGAUGUGUAACUAGGCAACAGACUGGUUUGGCAACACCGUUAGAAGGACUACAGUCUUUUUUAAGAUGUUAUGCUCUCAGCUUGCUCUACUGUCCCCGAGUGGUCCAAAAACCGAUGCAGCAGCUUUAACCAUGACGGAGAGGACAGAAUGCCUGUGGACAAACACGUGGCUGCGCCACGCUAUCUAUCAUGGGGUGACCAGAGGCACCGUUCCAUUCCUAAGGGGCAUUGUGUCAAGGCUCCAUUCAGCAACGUUUGGCAGCCGGGUUCUGACUGGGACUCCAGCUUCUGUUCUGAAAGAGGGCUGGGUAUUUUUCCGCUGGAAACAGUCUUUCUAUUUAUGAAAACCUUGCUGUCACACUGCUCAAAGGGAAAUGUGGGGACAUGCUGGUUUGUCGUGGGGGUGUACAGAUUGGUCCGGGGUGGUGGGGGUUGGUUACUUUUUGUACACUAUUUAUUUGAUAAGCAUUACCUGUUGUCCAACAUUUGGCAUUGUUUGACAUGCUGAUACUUGAAUCCAGUUGAUGAUUUCUCUGUCUCUGUCUGGCUUAUGUUGAGGUUAGCUCUGUCAUUUCCCACACAGCUUUGGGUUCAGUGAACUGCUCUCUGCAUUACGGCGGCCAUCUUGGUCCCAGCGCCGCCCCCCCAGCAGAGGAAACCCAUCCGGUGUUAACAUCAACAUCCGAGCGUGUGCAACAAUGCUCAGCACCAUUUCUUUGCUGGAGAAAAAAAACAUUAAUUUUCAUUUGUAAAUUGUGGGUGUACAUAUAAGAAAUAUUCAUUUUGGCUUGCUACUGUACAAUGAUUUCUUUUUAAGUGUCAUCCAGCAUGAGAUGUUUAUUUUUAGGACAACGCUUGUAAAUACUGUAAUUGUAAUAAUUUUAAGCACAAAUGUAAUACAGUUUUAUUGUGUUAC